UUACGCCUGAACCAAUGUAUUUUCGUUUGCACACUAUUUUCCAUAAGUGACCUGUUUCGAUUGGGGUAUUACUCGUUAUAUUCGUGACCAACGUAGUAGAUUUUCACGUUUCUUUGCGUUUUGCUGCUGUCUACCGAGAUGGGUAAAGAACACUCUAUAAAGCUUGCAGAUAACGCUGUUUGAAAUGAACAGUGCAAAAUUGUCACUGCAAUUAGUAUUUGCUGGAGACUCGGACCUACAAGAUCAGUUGCCUAAGUAGUAAAGUUGUAUUAUUGAAAUUGAUGGACAUCCUAAAUACGCCUGUACAGCUUGUGUAUUCUGCUGGGAUAACGAAACAUGAAAAUAAAUUAGUAAUCGGCAUAAAUACUUUUUGUAAUCCAUUAAAAGAAUUGUCUUACCUUGUGUGAUAUUUGGAAAAGUUUACCAGUGUGUUCAUGCUCUUAAAAAUUUCUUGGGCUUAAAAAUAAUAAUUAUAUUAAUUUAAAAACAAAAAGUAACACUUCAAUUUUUGGAGAUAUGUCUCUUCAGAUCGAUGCUCGAGCGGGUAUAAUGCCGUUGGGUUAUGUUGUCAAUUCUUGGAAAAAACUUUUGCCGCCAUAUGUCUGCAUAUUGAAUCACGAGAAAUUUCCGCAUACUUCAGAGCUGAGUCCACAAGGCAGCUCAAAGGAUGUCGAAACUCUGCGCAAAUCCUUUGGAAGGUUAGAAUGUGAGAUUGAGGAAGUUCCCAAUCCCACUCUGGCGACGGUUAAGGAAACGAUCAGGAAAUUGGCUCUUAAAAGUUUCGUGCAUCUGUCUGCUUUGGUCAUUGUCAUCCUGACCCAAGACGACCAAAGCGAGAAGAUAGUUACGUGUGACAAUAAAGGGUACCUUCUGUACGAAGAUAUUUUAUUUCCGCUCGACCAAAAUGACACCCUAGCAAAUAAACCCAAAAUCCUGAUCAUCCAGGCUUGCAAAGGCGUUUGGGAGUCGGAUUCUAAGAGAAUUAAAAGGAAUCUCCCCUUCUGUACCAAGUGCUACAGCUCGACCGAACGCAUCGAUAGCAAUCGUAUCCUGACAGAUGAAUCGAUUUUUAUUCGAACCCUGUGCAAUAGGUUGGACCAGGACGGCCUUUCAAAGGACAUCCGAUCGAUUAUUGCUUAUGCAAAUGCGAACGUCGAGUGGCAUGCUAAAUUACUUGGAUGGAAGCAAGUUCCAUCGAUAACGUCGAUUCUUAAACUACCAUUUUGUUUUGGAGACUUCGUGCGGCUCGCAACUGAUACAAGUGCAAGGACAUCUCCUGUUGCCCAUUUUUCAAGCACGUCAACUACGAGUGCAAUACCAAUGAUACCUCCAGUUAGUAAAGAGCCAGGGACUACGAUUACAAUUCCUCAGCGGAAACUCCAAGCCCCAUUGGUAUACAUAUUAAAUCAUGAAAUAUUCAUAAAUACAAGUAAAAACCGAACUGGAAGUUCGAUAGAUGUCGAAGCUCUGCGAAGUACUUUCGAAAGCUUGAACUGCGAUGUGCACGAGGUUCAAAACCCCACAUUAGCUGCGGUGCAAGACACCUUUAAAAAAUUGGAAAAGGAGAACCUGGAACUCCGCUCCGCGUUGGUCAUCGCCAUUCUGAGCCAUGGCGAUUGCAAUGAGUUGAUCGAGGCAUGCGACGAUACGGCCUACUACUUGAACAAGGACGUUCUGUUUCCCCUUUUCAGAAACGAUACUCUUAGAGGCAAGCCCAAAAUACUGAUUGUGCAGGCCUGCAAGGGAUCUUUGCAGGCGGAUUCAAACCCAAUGAGGUGCAAUCCCGGGGACUACAUCAUCUGUUACGGAACCACCGAGGGAUUCGAAGCCUACCGACACACUUCCCUUGGGUCGCUUUUCAUUCAAACCCUAUGCCAACACAUGAAUAUAUUCGGAAAGGUCAAGGAUUUCCAGACAAUCAUACAGGGAGUGAACGAGACGGUCACUAAAGAAGCUCCCAAACAAUUGAAAAAGCAAAUGAUACCAUCGUUUACUUCAUCGUUGGGAGAAAAAAAAUUUUAUUUUUGGCAAAACACCUAUGCAGAAAAGGUCUCCAUUGAUAGACAUUUAUCUGAAGAUAUUUCUACCUUAUCUCUAAGUUAAAACUGGACUGCAGUACAUUAGCUUUCGAAUGA